AUUAGACACUUGUCCUUUAAAAGAAGACUUAACGAGGCGAAGAAACAGGAAACAACACGCUUGCUCUUCCGCUCUUUCCAAAUUUCUACCUGCCAAAAAGGGGUCACCAUGUUCAAGUUGACGAUGAAGACUAUGUGUUUGAACUCGGCCUAAUCAUCAAUGUUAAGCAAUUUUUUUAGGAUAUAUGAAUGAUUUGUAUUGAUUCGAGGCGGUAUGCAAUAUUUGUUUACUGGUGAACAUUCUGAUAUAUCUUCUUGGAGUUCACCAAAAUAUAAAAAAUGAAUCCCAUGGUCAGCUUCUACUGGAUCUACUGUUAUUGCUAAGAGUCUUACGACUGAACUUUUUGAUCAGAUUUUACUCUCCUUUGCUUCUCAUACAAUGGGUUCUUACCUGAACUUCAAGAACUUUGCUGACACAUCACAGCCAGAGAGCAGCGGUGGGAAGCCUAUGAAUAAUGAUAAUUUUUCGUUGGCUCAACAAUCUUCCAUAUACUCGUUUACCUUUGAUGAGCUCCAAAGUACAUGUGGACUUGGGAAAGAUUUUGGGUCGAUGAAUAUGGACGACCUAUUGAAGAACAUUUGGACAGCUGAAGAGUCUCAAGCCUUGUCAUCUUCUGUUGCUGGUGGAAAUGUAAGUGUGCCAGUGGGAAAUUUGCAGAGACAGGGUUCUUUGACAUUGCCUAGGACAAUAAGUCAGAAAACUGUUGAUGAAGUAUGGAAAGACUUUCAGAAAGAGACUGUUAAUGCCAAUGAUGGAAGUGCCCCUGGAGCAUCAAACUUUGGGCAGAGGCAAUCUACCUUGGGAGAAAUGACGUUAGAAGAGUUUUUGGUUAGAGCAGGGGCAGUGCGAGAAGAUAUGCAACCAACUCGAUACUCAAAGGAUGUUACAUUCACUAGCGGUUUCACUCAACCAAGCAGUAACAACAGUAGCUUGAACAUAGCAUUUCAACAAGCAACUCAAAACCCUCAACAGUUGAGUAAUCAAAUUGCAGGGAAUAACAUAUUCAAUGUGGUUACUACCACAUCUUCACAGCAAAAGCCUCAACAGGCACAGCCCCUUUUCCCCAAACAAACAACUGUCGCAUUUGCUUCACCGAUGCAACUAGGGAACACUGCUCAACUGGCUAGCCCAGGGACAAGGGCUCCCAUUGUCGGAAUGUCUAAUCCGUCUGUAAAUACUAGUAUUAUUCAAGGCAGUAUCAUGCAAGGUGGUGUUAUGGACAUGGCCGGAUUGCAUAAUGGGGUCACAUCCGUAAAAGGAGGAUCCCCUGCAAAUCUUGAUCCUCCAUCUCUUUCACCUUCACCUUAUGCAUGCGGUGAAGGUGGAAGAGGAAGGAGAUCAUGCGCCUCUUUCGAAAAAGUCGUUGAGAGAAGGCGUAAGAGGAUGAUAAAGAAUAGGGAGUCUGCAGCAAGAUCAAGGGAUCGAAAGCAGGCAUAUACUUUAGAGUUGGAAGCUGAAGUGGCAAAGCUUAAAGAAAUUAAGCAAGAGUUGCAGAAGAAACAGGCUGAAUUUAUCGAGAAGCAGAAGAAUCAGUUAUUGGAAAAGAUGAAUAUGCCAUGGGAAAAUAAAUUAAUAUGCUUGAGAAGAACAGUGACAGGACCUUGGUAGUCAAAUAUGGAAGUAGAGCAAAUUCCAGAGUAGAAGCUUGGACAAUUGGUAGACAGGAGGAUGAAGCAAAAUGCCAGCUUUUUUUUUUUCUUUUUAUUUGAUGUGCACAGAAACCCCCUAGGCUUCUGGCUCAACUCAGUUGACUCCUGAGAGUAUGAGCCUGCCCCUCUACUCUCCUCCCAACUUAUGAAUUGAAAUAUGUUUUGAUUCAAAUCUAUUUUGUCAAAUGGUAGAUAACUGUACGUAUAGUAUAGUACAGGUUCCAUGUACUGUUCAUAUUAUGUAAACAAUACUCUUGCAUAAAGUAUCCUCUUUGUUUGCAACCAUA